CCAGCGCCAGCCCGGUGGUGCGGCAGAUUGACAAACAGUUCCUGGUGUGCAGCAUCUGCCUUGACCGCUACCGCAACCCCAAGGUGCUGCCCUGCCUGCACACCUUCUGCGAGAGAGACCCCCUGCCCCCCACUGCCGCCCCCUCCCCCCAGACCCUCACUUGCCCCUGGCUCUGCCCCAGCCCCUUCCCCAGCCCAGCCCUGCCUGGCCUCUCCCCUCCUGUCCGUCUGUCCAUCCACCCCUCCGGGCUCUGGCUGCGGGUCCUGACAGGCACCGUGGUGCAGCCCUCCUGUCCAUCUGUCCUGCCGUCUGUCUGCCCCUCCGGCCCCCGCUCUCGCUCCAGCACCCCCCCGUGUGCCACAGUGUAGCCCUCCUGUCUGUCCAUCCGUCCCACUGUCUUGUCUGCUCUUCCGGCCCCCUCCCUCUGCUCCUGGCCCACACACUGUGGUGUGCUGCAGCGUAGCCCUCCUGUCCAUCCGUCCGUCCCGCUGUCUUAUCUGCUCUUCCAGCCCCAUUCCUCUGCUGCUGCCCCAUGCACCCUGGCGCCUCCUGUCCAUCUGUCCGUCCUGCUGUCUGUCUGCCCCUCCCUCUGCUCCUGCUGCAUGCACCCUGAUCCCUCCUGUCUGUCUGUCCUGCUGUCUGCCUGCCCCUCCAGCCCCAUCCCUCUGCUCCUGCCCCAGGCACCCCAAUCCCUCCAGUCUGUCUGUCCGUCCGUCCCUUUGCCCCCCCAGCUCCCCUCCCUGCUGCCCCGCUCCGCGCGGGUCCUGACCCUCUGGUUGUCCCCGUUUGCCCCAGGUGUCUCCAGAACUAUAUCCCGCCCCAGAGCCUGACCCUCUCCUGCCCCGUCUGCCGCCAGACCUCCAUCCUGCCCGAGCGCGGCGUCGCCGCCCUGCAGAACAACUUCUUCAUCACCAACCUGAUGGAGGUGCUGCAGCGGGACCCCGAGAGCUGCGGCCCCCACCCCGGCCGUGGCCUGGACCCCGUGAGCGCCGUCACCGGCCAGCCCCUCUCCUGCCCCAACCACGAGGGCAAGGUGAUGGAGUUCUACUGUGAGCCGUGCGAGACAGCCAUGUGCCGCGAGUGCACCGAGGGGGAGCACCGGGAGCAUGUCACUGUGCCGCUGCGUGAUGUGGUGGAGCAGCACAAGGCAGCCCUGCAGCAGCAGCUGGAUGCUGUCAGGAGCAGGCUCCCGCAGCUGGCGGCGGCCAUCGGGCUGGUGUCGGAGAUCAGCCAGCAGCUGGUGGAGCGCAAGAACGAGGCGGUGUCGGAGAUCGGCAGCACCUUCGAGGAGCUGGAGACGGCGCUGCGGCAGCGCAAGGGGCUGCUGGUGCGGGACCUGGAGGCCACCUGUGGGGCCAAGCAGAAGGUGCUGCAGGCGCAGCUGGACGCCCUGCGCCAGGGCCAGGAGAGCAUCCUCAGCAGCUGCGCCUUCACCGAGCAGGCGCUGCACCACGGCACCGCCACCGAGGUGCUGCUGGUAAAGAAGCAGAUGAGCGAGCGGCUGAGCGAGCUGGCCAGCCAGGAGUUCCCCGAGCACCCCCACGAGAACGCCCAGCUCGACUAUGUGGUGGAGACUGAGGGUGUCCGCAAAUCCAUACUCAACCUGGGCGUGCUGAUCACCACCAGCGCCACGGCCCACAAGACGGUGGCCACGGGCGAGGGGCUGCGGCACGCUGUGGUGGGGCAGCCCUCCUCGCUCAGCGUCACCACUAAGGACAAAGAUGGGGAGCUGGUGCGCAGUGGCAGCGCCAGCCUGCGCUUCCAGGUGACGGCGCCGGACGGCGGCGCGGCCGAGGCGGAGGUGCAGGACAACAAGAACGGCACCUACGAGCUGCUCUACACCCCCCGCGCCGAGGGCGACUUCCUCCUCUCCAUCCUGCUCUACGGGCAGCCCAUCCGUGGCAGCCCCUUCCGCGUCCGCGCCGUCAAGGCCUCCGACGUGCCCCCCUCUCCCGACGACGUCAAGCGCCGUGUCAAGUCCCCCAGCAGUGGGCACAUCCGGCAGAAGGCCGUCCGGCGCCCUUCCAGCAUGUACAGCAGCGGCAAGAAGAAAGAGAACCCCAUCGAGGACGAGCUCAUCUUCCGCGUGGGAAGCCGCGGCCGGGAGAAGGGGGAGUUCACCAACCUCCAGGGCAUCUCCACCUCCAGCAGUGGCCGCAUCGUGGUGGCCGACAGCAAUAACCAGUGCGUGCAGGUGUUUUCCAACGAGGGGCAGUUCCGGCUGCGGUUCGGGGUGCGGGGCCGCUCCCCCGGCCAGCUCCAGCGCCCGACCGGCGUCACCGUGGACAUGAACGGGGACAUCAUCAUCGCGGACUACGACAACCGCUGGGUCAGCAUCUUCUCCCCUGAGGGCAAAUUCAAGACCAAGAUCGGGGCCGGGCGGCUGAUGGGCCCCAAGGGCGUCGCCGUGGACCGCAACGGCCACAUCAUCGUGGUGGACAACAAGGCCUGCUGCGUCUUCAUCUUCCAGUCCAACGGCAAGCUCGUCACCAAGUUUGGGAGCCGCGGCACGGCCGAGCGGCAGUUUGCAGGUACACUCGAUGGGCCCCACUUCGUGGCGGUCAACAACAAGAACGAGAUCGUGGUGACCGACUUCCACAACCACUCCGUGAAGGUCUACAAUGCGGACGGCGAGUUCCUCUUCAAGUUCGGGUCGCAUGGGGAGGGGAACGGGCAGUUCAACGCCCCCACGGGGGUGGCCGUCGACGCCAACGGCAACAUCAUCGUCGCCGACUGGGGCAACAGCCGCAUCCAGGUCUUCGACAGCUCGGGCUCCUUCCUCUCCUACAUCAACACGGCCGCCGACCCCCUGUACGGGCCGCAGGGCCUGGCCCUCACCUCCGACGGACACGUGGUGGUGGCCGACUCCGGCAACCAUUGCUUCAAGGCCUAUCGCUACCUGCAGUAGCCGCCAUGGGGACGGGGACGGGGACGCUGCCCGCGCCGCGACGGUGCCCACGGGCCCCUCGGAAGAGCGCCCGCAGCGGGGUGCCCUGAGCGACGGCUGCCCCACAGCCAUCGCUGCCCCCCCCAACCAUUGCAGCCCCACAGCCAUCGCUGUCCCCCACGCGCCGCACCGGCCUUCAUGUGCACUUUAUCCCGGGGGGGGCGGCCGGGCCCCGAGCGGGGGCGAGGACGGGUCUGGCUGGGGCAGGGGCUGCUUGGGGGGCCGUGGGGCCAUGGGGCUGCAGUCAUGCCCCUCUUCCCACCCCACGGCAGGGCCGGCAGCCCCACUGCCCCUGCUGCCGGGGGUCCCGCAGGCACGUGGGGGUGUAUGGGGCGGGGGGAGCCGCCGGGAAGGGCUGGGGGCAGCACGCGUUGCUCGGGACUGUGGGGUGGCAGGUCCCGGAGCCGCCUGCCCUGUGGGGACUGCCCUCCGCCGGCCCCGCUCCCCCGGCACUGCGGCCCCACUCCCCCAGCUCGAGCCCCGGCUGUGGGGCGACCGCGCGUGCCUGCCUGCCUGCCCCACAGCGGGGCUGUGUGGGGCUGCUGCCGCACGCUGACAUACUGUAUGUACAAAAUAAAGUAUUCUGGAAGUA